GGUUAUCGUAGAUGUUCUCUGAACACUCAUCAAACAUAAGUUUUGCAACUAAAUUGACAACGAAAGUUAAGAAUGACAGAAAACGCUGAAAUUUACCGCUUUCUUCGUUCUGCCAGCUGCUGCCGGACUUGCUGUUUGCGCUUUUUUAAAGGCCCAGCAGAUGAUUAUUUCAUGUCCGUGGAGGAUGCUCUGCAGAAGUAUGGAAUAGCCGUUGAUGAUUCCCCCACGGAUGACGAAAACCCAUCGAAGAAAGUUCGACCAAACACAUGCGUAGCCUGUUUGGGUUUACUGGAAUCCCAUCGAAUGGAAGCGCUGGUGGAACAGAUCUGCACCAACGACGAAUUUCGAAAGUACGACUGUCAGGGGUUCAACACGUCAGUAUCGUUACCCAUUGCGGUACAGGUUCGACAGCUGUCGCUUUGGUUGAGUCUUCUGGAACGCUUUCCCACCCGAUUCGACAGCUGCAAAGCGCCAGACAUCACGGUGAGGGAUGCCUUCAAGAGGAUUUUGACCCGAAAGCUGCAGGAACGGCUGGGAAGGAAGUUUUCGACCAGUGGAGCCGUGGUCAAUUUUUCCUUUAGCUAUGUGAAUGAAGAAGCGGAGUUGCAGCUACUGCAGAAGGUUAAGCCGGAAGUGUUUGUCGGUCGAAAGGUAGACAAGCAGUGCCGGAAUGUGUUUAUAACCAGAAAUGCUUUCGAGAGGAAUUUUACUCCGGAAAACGUGAGUUUGGAUCAGUUCCGACAGCACAUUGAGGUUCCGCCUGCCAUUCAGGGCGAAAGUAUUUCGCUGGAGAAUGUUAGCUUUACAGGGCCAACUAUUUUUCUGGCCGGGAGGUACAACAAGAUAUCCCGGGAGCUGAGUCAAACACCGUGGUUGAUUGAUGGGAAGCGAAUGAGGGAAAACAGUGUUCAGGAAAUCAUGACUUUGGUGGUGGGACCAUAUUUCGGUGUACCGCCAGAUAGUUUGAUAUUUUCAUCGAGUGGCCGGGAGGAUGUUGACGUACGUUGUCUUGGCGAAGGACGGCCGUUCGUGCUGGAGAUUCCGAAUGCUAAGAAGGAUUAUCUGGAGGAAACCGUGGCGGUGAAGUUUGAGAAGGUUAUCGAUGAAUCGAAACAGAUCUCAGUAAGGGACCUCCAGUUGGUCGAUCGAGAAGAACUGGUCCACAUAAAACAUGGCGAAGAGGACAAACAUAAAGUUUAUAGGGCACUUUGCUUCCUGCAAAAUCCAGUUACGCUAGAGGUUGUGAAGGCUCUCAACAUUGAAGAACCGUUCGUUGUCGAUCAAUGGACUCCGCUAAGGGUUCUUCACAGGCGACCGUUGCUAGCACGUCCAAGGACGAUUUACAGUGUGAAAGCGUACGCCUGCAAGCGAAAUGAUCGUGCCUUGAUUGUGGAUAUUGUUACGCAGGCGGGGACAUACGUCAAAGAAUUGGUGCAUGGUGAUUUCGGACGAACGAAGCCUAACUUCAGUAGUAUCAUCGGACAGCCAAUCGACAUCCAUUCGUUGGAUGUAAUGGCCAUCGCUUUGGAUUGGCCCAAGAAGUUGUCACGAUAAUUUGAAUAAAACUAGCGAGACUACUUUUCUAAAUAAUUUACUUUCGC